UUUCAACUGACUGCGACCAAGUGAAAAAGUGGAAGAGGAGUCCUGAGAGAGGACGACGUCUCGCUUGUCUGGGGAGAUUUCAAGGCAAAUCCAGUAAAGCAAAGUCCCUCAAACAGAAGGUGAAUGGAAGAUGCCACGUUCCUUUUUGGUGAAGAGCAAAAAGGCUCACACCUACCACCAGCCCCGCUGUGUGGAAGAUGACCUGCCAGUCCUCCCCUGGGGUCCAGUGCCCUCUGCCUUCACUGCCACAGGAGACAGGACACCAGAGGACAUCAAGAAACAGGACCUGGGAUGUCUGGUUCCAAAACAAGAAAAGGACCCACCUGAACUGAAAGAAGAGAGUGUCCCUGUCCAGUACCUGAGCAGGAUGCUGCCAGGCCCUUCAGCUCAAGAGAUGGCCAUGCCAGGGCUGCAGAUCAAGGACUGCACUAACACAGCGAGCACCCCAACCUUCUACAAAGCUGGCUUUUCCUGGGAUGCUUUCCACAUGCCAUACAGCUACCAGCAGAUGUCUUCCAGCAUGCAGUCAGCCCUGCUGGAGCACCCUGUGAGCCUCUAUGGGAGCCACCUCCUGCCCAGCACCGAGCCCCCCCUGGAUUACAGCCUGCAUUAUUCCUCAGACAUGGAGACCUUCCACUGUGUCAAGUGCAACAAGGUGUUCUCCACUCCCCAUGGACUGGAGGUCCACGUCCGAAGGUCUCACAGCGGGACCCGUCCCUUUGCCUGUGAAGUGUGUGGCAAAACCUUUGGGCACGCUGUGAGCCUGGAGCAGCACACCAACAUCCACUCCCAGGAAAGAAGCUUUGAGUGCAAGAUGUGUGGGAAGACAUUCAAACGUUCCUCCACCCUCUCCACUCACCUGCUGAUCCACUCGGACACGCGGCCCUACCCCUGCCAGUACUGCGGGAAGCGCUUCCACCAGAAGUCAGACAUGAAGAAGCACACCUACAUCCACACAGGUGAGAAGCCCCACAAAUGCCAGGUGUGUGGCAAAGCCUUCAGCCAGAGCUCCAACCUGAUCACCCACAGCCGCAAGCACACGGGCUUCAAACCCUUCAGCUGCGAGCUCUGCGCCAAGGGCUUCCAGCGCAAGGUGGAUCUGCGCAGGCACCGCGAGACCCAGCACAGCCUCAAGUGAGGCCUCUCUGCUGCAGCUCCACCUUAGAGACUGUCCCCAGCACCUCCAUCCAGCUCAUAAAGCUCCCAUGGUGUCCUGUGUUCCCCUGGGGAUUCACCAAGUCAUCAUUGGCUUUGAUGUUUGGUACACAGGGCCUUGCACAUCCCGAAGAAACCUCCUGUGGGAGCUUUCACUUUUUGAUUGCAACAGGUACCAGCCCACAUCUGACAUCACCUGCUCAAGUGUA